GUUCUGACUUUUAAUCUGAGCAAGGUUACUCAAGGACUAGUCAAUUGUCAGUUUCAUUGGAAAGCGGUACUUUUUUUUUUGAAAAUUAAUAAUGAGUGUCUGCUUGGUUGUAAUUGAUGGUUGGGGAAUAUCAGAAGUGAAGGAAGGCAAUGCUAUCGCCAAUGCUAAAACUCCAGUUAUGGAUGAAUUGGCAAAAUCUCCUGGUCAGUAUGUCACUUUGGAUGCUUCUGGACUUUCAGUUGGAUUACCGGCAGGUUUGAUGGGAAACAGCGAAGUAGGGCAUAUGAAUAUUGGCUGUGGUCGUGUGAUGUAUCAAGAUAUAGUUCGAAUCAAUAUGGAUGUUGAAAAUAAAAAAAUAGGUGAUAAUCCAAACUUUGUAGCAUGUAGUGAAAACGCUAAAUCUGGAACCGGAAGGCUUCAUUUGUUAGGUUUGAUCAGUGAUGGUGGAGUUCAUGGACAUAUUGAUCAUCUUUUUGCUUUAUUAGAAGCUUCUAAAAAACAGGGCGUUCCAAAUACUUUCAUUCAUUUCUUUGCUGAUGGUCGAGACACUAGCCCUACGAGUGGGGUCUUGUAUGUGCAAAAAGUUUUGGAUAAACUGAAAGAGCUUCAGUAUGGAAGUUUAUCUACGAUAAUGGGUCGCUAUUAUGCUAUGGAUCGCGAUAAUAGACAUGAAAGAAUUAAAAUUGCGUAUGAAGGUUUGGUUCAAGGAAUUGGGGAGAAAUCAUCACCUGCUAAUGCUGUUGCUUUGAUACAGAAACGAUAUAACGACCCAAGUGAUCCUCAGACUGACGAAUUUUUGAAACCUAUAAUUCUAGAUGAUAAAGGACUUAUUCAAGAUAAUGAUACAUUAGUUUUUAUUAAUUUCAGAGCAGACAGAGUUCGUCAAAUUACUGAAGCUUUUGGCAUUAAGCUACACUUUGAAACGAGUAAAGUUCCUCAGAACCUAAAGAUAUGCACUAUGACUCAGUAUAAAAAGGAAUUUCCAUUUACUAUGCUGUAUCCUCCAACUGUCCCUGUAAAUGUGUUAUCAGAGUGGAUAUCUAAGAAAGGUCUUCCUCAAUUUCAUUGUGCAGAAACUGAAAAAUAUGCUCAUGUUACUUUUUUUUUCAAUGGGGGCCAGGAAAAAGCAUUUGAUAAAGAAGAUAGGUUGAUGGUCCCAUCACCAAAAGUUGCAACAUAUGAUCUAAAACCUGAAAUGAGCUGUCUUGAAGUUGCACAAGAAAUGGUAAAAACAAUAGAAGGAAAGAAGUAUCCAUUUGUAAUGUGUAAUUUUGCUCCUCCUGAUAUGGUUGGUCACACGGGUAAAUACGAAGCAGCUAUUAUUGGUGUUGAAACCACUGAUAAGGCCAUUGGUAUGCUUGUUGAAGCUUGUAAAAAGCAUGAUUAUACUUUACUUGUUACUGCAGAUCAUGGAAAUGCUGAAAAAAUGAUUGGAGACAGUGGUGGCCCACAUACUGCACAUACCACAAACAGAGUCCCAUUUUGCAUGUCAGGAUCAAGAAAGUUCCGAGAUAUUAAGCAUAAUGCUGCCCUUUGUGAUGUAGCUCCUACUGUUUUAGGAUUGAUGGGCCUUGAUCAGCCACCAGAGAUGACUGGACAAUGUCUUCUUGCUUAGUGUUACCUCUGUAAUUAGUGUUUGUACUGACUUAGUUACCGGUGAAGGCUGUCAUUUUCUAUGUCUUGCUAUAUGAAAAAUUCAAGCAUGUUCUAAAAGUUAAGUUAAUGCUUUGCAAAUUUUUUUUUUUUUGCUUUGUUUUACUGAAUCUCUCUCAUGACAUUAUUUAGUAAAGAAUGUUGGACUACUUUGUUUACAUAAGUUACAAAUGCUGAAUGUGUUAAAAGGCAUUUUUUGAAGAAUUCUUAAGAUGUUUAUAUAUCCUACCAUAUUAGCUGUUAAUUCUUUUAAAUUUUAACUGUUUUGGAGAGUUUAUAACCAAGUUUGAAACUUUUAAGUGUUUUAUGCUAUGAACCAAAAAUUAAAUCCAUCAGUAUUUAUAUACCAUAUAAAUGUUACAUCAUCAUUCAUAGAUGUUUUCAGUUGUUAAAUUUCCUAUAAAAAUUUCUAUGAAUAAAUCCUUAAUUUUGAAGUACAUUUGUCUUGUAUGGAGUGUGUUCAAUUGUAUAUAAAAAUUUGUGUUUUGGAAAAUUUAUACUGUUAGUUAUAGAGAGUAUUUAGUAAUAAAUGGAUAAAUUUCAAGUAAAUGUUAUUUAAAAAUGUGUUGUUGAAAAAUGUAGCAGAGUGUUAACGUGUGGACUUGAUAUCAGUGGAAGAUACACAUUUCCAUAUCUUCUAUGGUACAGAAAAGAUGUCAAAUAUAUGUCAGAAAAACAGAAUUAAAAUAUUGUCUGUGAUUUAUUUUUAGUUGUUAAACAAUAAAAAAUUUGAAUUGUACUUUGA